AUUACAUUUUUGUGCACAAUGGUUGGAAUUCCUGUCUGGGACAGCCCCUCUGAAAGAAAUGGAACAAAGAGAAAAUAACAAGAGCCAGAGAGAUGACUGGAUUAAAGGAUUUGAAAUCCCCCUUCUGCAGCAGCAUCGCCUUUCCCUGCACCUGAAACAAACUGUCAGCAUCUGUGACAACACAUGCGUCACCCACUAAGUGUUACACAUGCAGACGUGGUUUACACCAUUGCCCCUUAUAUUUAUGGAGUCUUCUUUUUUCUCACUUGAACUGCAGUUAUUUGACUUCACAGUGCUGGAUUUAAGAUAUUUUAGAAGUAAAGUUUGAUAAAACUGCUUUUUCUUUACAUUAGUGAUCAUGGUUUUGGCGGUGAAGCCGAGGAGGCUCUAUACUGCCACUUAGUGGUCAUUUUUUUUAAAAACACCCUUACAUUUCUGACACCCUGGGGAUCAAAAAAAGUUGCAAGAUUACUGAGCAUUUCAUUUCAUUACUGAUUUAGAUUUAUAUCAUUGAAAUAAAACAUGCUGAAUUUCACAAUAAAACACAAGUAAAAGUUUUUUUUUUCAAAAAAAAAAGAUAAUUCCCUUAUUCUAUCUUUUUCAUACACCUGCAUUUUUAGUGUUUUACAUAUGACUUAUCCAACCAAUCAAAUGUUUGGAAAAGUGGUACUCCACAAAGAAAGGGAAAAGUGUGCAGCCUAUCAGCUUCCAGAAAAGAAUAGCCUAAUCGUGUGAAUGAAAAUAACCCAAGUCCUCCUCUAAUCCCGCCUAUCCCUUUUAUCUGAGGAUUCGGAACAGGCAGAACAGUGUGGAGCUGUGCACUCGCAAACCAGCAGCAUGCAUCCCAGGUCUCAUUAGGAAGCUUUGCUACAGCUAUUUUCUUCUCUUUCUUUUUUUUUUUUUUUAAAGCUAUUGUAGUUUAGAUAGUUUUAGUCAUGAGGCGACACUUUUCAGCCGCUUUUUGCUUUGCUUUGCUUUUUCUUCCUGGGAUGAGCGCUUCUUGUCCUUCGCAAUGCAGCUGCUUCUACCACAAGCUGAGCGAUGGAUCCAAAGCAAAAAGUGUGCUAUGCAACGAUCCAGAGAUCACUGUGGUUCCUCCAAACUUCCCCUCUGACACCUCCAAGCUGCGCAUAGAGAAGACAGCAAUCACGCGCAUUGCCAGCGAUAACUUUCACUACCUCAGCAAUCUGGAGUAUCUCUGGAUGUCGUUCAACUCCCUGAAUUCACUGAACGCCGGUAGCUUUCGGGGUCUUUACAAUCUGGACGAGCUCAGGCUGGAUGGAAAUGCCCUCACUUCCUUUCCGUGGGAGUCUCUGAUCGACAUGCCCAUCCUGAGGCUCCUGGACCUGCACAACAACAAGAUCUCGAGCAUCCCCGCGUCAGCCACCAUGUACAUCAAGAACAUCACUUAUCUGGAUUUAUCCAGCAACAGUUUGACGACCCUUCCAGCUGAGGUUCUCUCAAUGUGGCUCAGUGUGAAGCCAUCUCCAGACUCGGAAUCCUCCAAAUUAAUUCUGGGUCUCCACGACAACCCGUGGCUGUGCGACUGCCGACUGUACGACCUGGUUGAAUUUCAAAAGUCGCCCUCAUCCUCUGUAGCUCUCAUCGACACGAGGCUCAGGUGCGUCGAUCCAGAAAGCCUGUCGGGAGUUUUUUUCACCGAAGCGGAGUUGGAGAGGUGUCAGGGUCCUCGGGUGCACACGGCUGUGGCACGGGUUCGAAGCUCGCUGGGGAACAAUGUCCUGCUGCGCUGUGGCACCGUCGGAGUUCCCAUUCCAGAGCUGUCUUGGAGUCGCGCAGAUGGGAAGAAACUAAACGGCACAGUUCAGGAAGAGAUCUCAAAGGAAGGCAUCAUUUGGUCGAUCCUCAGCGUGCCGGCAGUCUCCUACAGAGAUUCUGGAAAGUAUAUCUGCAAAGCAACCAACUUCAUGGGAACCGCGGAUGCCAUCAUCUCCUUGGUGAUCACAGAUUCAAUCAAGUCAGAUGAAGCUGUGGGGGGAAUUUCUAAGAGAGGCAAAGGGAAGAAGCCCAGCGGGAUAGGGAGAGCUGCAUACCAGGAGAAGCUCAUCGCGAGAUAUGUUCCCCCACCAACCAGAGGUGCAGCCCAACCCAUCAUUGAACCUCUCAACGGCAAAGGCGUGACUGGAAAGUACGAGAUUGAGAGCUACAGUGUCUCUGACGAUGCUUCUCCAGGAAAAGCGUCAAAAUCUAAAAAGCCAACAGAUGACCGUCGGGAUGCUUUAAGUAACUUGGCGGCUAACGCCUCAUCCUUACAGCAAGCUCCUGAAAAGAGGGUGGUGCGCUCAGUGAAGGUGAUUGGCGACACCGACCACACAGUCUCUCUGAACUGGCGAGCUCCCACGGCCACAAACACCACAGAAUUCAGCAUCCUCUAUGCCGUGUUUGGGGAGCGAGACAUGCGCCGCAUCAACGUGGGCGCCGGAAAGAACCGGAUAACCAUCGAAGGCCUCGUACCAAAGACCAAGUACAUCGCUUGCGUGUGCGUCAAAGGUCUGAUCCCAAAAAAGGAGCAGUGUGUAAUCUUCUCAACAGACGAGGCGGCGAGUGCCAGUGGCACUCAGAAGCUCAUUAAUGUUGUGGUGAUAACUGUGGCUUGUGUGAUUGCUGUCCCUUUGACCCUGAUCGUUUGCUGCGGGGCGCUGAAGAAACGUUGCCAAAAGCUCCUGGGCCGUCAGAGUAAAGAGCUGCAGGACUCCUACGUCACAUUUGAGACUCUUGGCCCCGGGGGCAAAGCCAAAGGGAUGGAGGGCGAGUAUCUUACCCGCUUAAACCCCGACGAAUCCAACAGGCUCCUGUCAGCACGGUCGAGCGUGGAUUCAGAGGCCAUUGCCAGAACUGAAGGGGCACCUAAUGAGUACUUUUGCUAAAAAAACACUCAGAACCUCAAUUUCCAGAGAAUGCACUUUGUUUUGCCUGUCUGAUAGAUGCUUGGGUGCUCAGAGACUCUUGAAACUCAUUGAGGACUCUCCAGAAAACACUGAUGGCUCUAUCAGCACUGGAUGUAUGAGAUUAUUUUGCAGCCUUGUUGGAAUAAAAUCCGCCAUUAAUUUGGCUGAAAGCAAAAAAAAAAGGGAAGACAAGAUAUGUUUUCAAUGUUGUUGUUAACGUGUGAAACUUUUUAUUCGUCAUGCACUUUUUGAAGCUCCUGUUUUGAUCUAAGCUCUCAUAUGCCCAAUCAUUUUUCUUAAACGUCAGCUUUUGUGUUAUAUUCUUUAUGUAAAACAUAACGUGUUUUAGUGAACCAGCAGUUUGUUUGGUCAGAUUUCAUGACGUGCCAGUUUUUUCUUUUGGCUCAGAAACCUAAAAAUACAAUGCAUUUUCUAACAAGUAUUUGUAACCUGAUAUAAAUAUACAUAUAUAUAUGUGUGUGUUUGUCUGAAUAUAUUGACUGAAAAUAAAUAUUUUUACACUAA